AUGCCAUGCCACCCCAAUAUUGGCAAGUCGGGACCCUUCGUGCAAGCAUAUCAGUGCACUAACAGGAUUUCCAACCACGCAGUUGGCCAUGUGUUGGGCGCCCAACAGACGUGUCAACGACUCACCUUCCGUGGUGGCCACGAACUUCACCGCCAUUGGCUUGGGUUCUCCACCUGCAGCCGGCCCAGAAUGCAGCCGCCCAUGGCACAUCAGACGCCGGGGGGCCUCGCUCGAGAAGAGUACAAAUUGGGGCCGUGUCUCGUCACCGAGGACUGCCCGCUCCUCUUGAUGUUUGACCGCAGGCGAAGGGCGGCUGCCAUAGAUUGGCAGCCUCCAAACAAAAAACAUAUCUGGUGCUACGGUACCGCCAAGGCGGAGUAG